AUGUUGUCGAGCCAGCUCCUCUUGGCGGUGCUCCUGUGCGCCCAGGCCGUCUUGGGCUUCUCGGUGGUCGGCCAGCAGCAGCAGCCACCGCCGCAGGAGAGCACCUGCGAGGCCAACGGUAGUGUGUACUACUUAGGAGAGUGGUACUUCCUGGACUCGGACCAGUGCACUCAGUGCGAGUGCACGGCAGAUGGCUCGGUGUGUUCCCGCACUGAGUGCACCAGCCUGCCGGCAGCGUGCAUCCAUGUGAGCCACUACCCCAGCGACUGCUGCCCCCGUUGCGAGAGAAUCGGGUGCGAGUACCGGGGGGUGGUCUACGAACUGGGGCAAAACUUCCAGCCAACCGAAUGUGAGCAGUGCACGUGCGACAGCGAUGGCAUCGCCCGCUGUUUAGUGGCCGACUGCGCGCCCCCACCGUGCGUCAACCCCGUGUACCAGCCCGGCAAGUGCUGCCCCGAGUGCAAGGAGGGUCCAAACUGCUACCUGGACUCAUCCCGCAGCCGAGUGAUUCCCGCCGGUGAGCCUGUCUGGGUGGACUCAUGCACCAAGUGCCGUUGCCAUGACGGCCAGGAUGCGGGCUACUGGCAAGGCAACCGCCUGGCGACCUGCUCUCGCCUCAACAACUGCACGCCCGAGCAGUCUGAGACACAAAACUGAAAUGACAUGUCAUCUUGACCAACGCGCCAAAGACUUUGAUGCUGUUAAUAAAAAAAAAAAUAAAUACAGGCUUUAGGGCAGGGGUGUCCAAACCUUUUGCAAGGAGGGCCAGAUUUGAUAAAGGGAAGGGGCCCCGGGGCCAAUAGUUUUUUCGGACAUUUUUUAACUACAAAAAUUUCAUGCAAAUACACACUGUUAUAAACCACAUUUCAAGGUCCCAAUUGUCUUGAUUUUUUAAAGACAGAUGUGAACAACUCUAAAAACACAAAUUGUGGGCUUUCAUUCAUAUCUGAAGAGUCAGAUAACGUUGAAUAAACUGUAUGAAAUACCUUAAAUUUA